AUGCGCGGGAGCGGUGACGUAAGCCCUAGCCGACUGUCGUUGUUUGUCGCCUUCAAGCCUCGUCAGGUCAUCCUUUUGGAGCAGCGGCGGGCCAAUCCGUCAGUAUCCGCAUCAAUGGCGACGAAAAAAGAGGAGAAACCAGUGCAAUUGAAGGCUGAGGACGAGUAUGCUAUGAUUUGCUCCAUUGCUCUAUGGCUCGAAAACAAAGGCUUCUCCAAAGUUCUCAAGCGCUUCCUCUACGCCGCACAAAUUCAGGACGACAAUUGGAAGGAAAAGGCUGUUAACUUAAGUGAGGUUUUCCUGCGACCUGUAGUAACGAACCUGAAGAUGUGGUACUCAAUAAGCAAGCCUUUUACAGAAGAACAGUUGGUUUCUGUAGCCAAUGCAAAUGGGAAGUGUGAGGAAAUUGAGGGUAAGAAGAAGAAGAAGAAAAAGGCCAAGGGCCAAGAAUUGGCUACAGACAUUGCCGAUCAUGGUGAAAAAGGUAAACCCGUAAAAGGUUCUGAUGAUUGCAAAGAUCUUGAUGUGGUGGAUCAAUCGACUAAGAAAGAGAAAAAGAAAAAGAAAGACAAUUUAACUUCAUAAUUGGCUACCAACACUGCCAAUAAUGCCGAAAAAAGUAAACCCGCGAAAGGUUCCGAUGAUAGCAAAGAUCGUGAUACGGUGGACCAAUCGGCUAGGAAACAGAAAGAGAAAAAGAAAAAGAAAGACAAUUUAACAUCAGAAUCAUUAGGUUCGGGUAGAAAG